AUUUUGCUCUACAUCUCGCGGGAACUCCGGUAUGUCAUGACGGAAGCAUCGUGACUACUACAACUCAUUCAGGAGUUUACUGGAGAUUAUCGGCCUCUUUUUGUUGUGUCCUAAGGUGAUAGUGUGAGCUCUCUGCUGCCAUGAGUACUCUGUUUGCCUGUGAGGACCCAGCCACAUGGAGGGGCGUCUAUGGGAAAUACUGGGAUGUAGUGGAGGCCAAGGCCAAAGGCAAGAAACCUGGAAAGCUGCUAAACCUCGACAAGUGGUACCAAGAGGAGCUGCCUACACUCAUUUCAAGUCGACCUGACAAACAUGUCACUCAGUCGGAGCUGGUGAAACUGAUGGAGUGGAAGCUUACUAGAGGGAAGUUCAGGCCGAGGCUGCAGCAGCUGGUGGCUUCCAACAGUGAGGACAUUGUGGAGAAAUGUUCCAGAAAGGCCUUCAGCCUCAUACCUGAUGUGCAGGCAGCUAUCGCAGAGCUCAGCUUCCUAAAAGGAGUCGGCCCAGCCACCGCUUCAGCUGUGUUGGCGGCAGGAGCUCCAGAACAGGCUGCAUUCAUGUCAGAUGAAGCCAUGGAGAGUGUACCAGGACUAAAGCCCAUCCAAUACACAGCCAAGCACUACACUCUCUACCUGGGCAAAAUGAUCGAGUGCACUGAAAAACUAAACAAAGUUGAUCCCCAGCAGGACUGGACGCCCCACAGGCUGGAGCUGUGUUUGUGGGCGCUGACCACAGCCAAGCAGCAGCAGCUCCCAUUUCUAAAGGAUGUUGAUGUGAAAGCCAGCAGUGUGUCGGAGAAGUGCUCAGAUGCCGACACUAACCAGAGACCAGCGAAGAAGCUCAAAACAAGAUAAAAAUGAUUGCACAGUAUUUUUUCCAUUAAAUGGCUUUAAUAUUUGUCAGUUUUUUUGUAUUUUCCAGAAUAAUAAAGCCUUUAUAUCAAAUAGA